AUGUUCUUAGAGCGAUAUUUUCCCGCAUCUAAAGUUGGAAGCAUAAGUAAAGAGAUCUGCGGUAUAAGAAAAUAUACAGGGGAGUCUUUGUAUGAAUAUUGGGAGAGAUUUAAGUGGUUGUGUGCUAGUUGCCCUCAUCAUCAGAUAAGUGAACAACUCCUUAUCCAGUACUUUUAUGAAGGAAUACAAUCACUGGAUAGGAGUAUGAUUGAUGCAUUUGGCAUUCGCCAAGAUCCUACUCCACCACCCAAAUCAGCUAAUGAAGUGAGCACCUCUAAUGCUAAUAAGCUUGGUCAACAAUUGGCUCAAUUAACUGCAGUGGUACAACAACUUGCUUUAGGUCAACAGGUGCGGCCAUGUGGAAUUUGUCAGGUUGCGGGGCAUGCUACUGAUACUUGCCCUACUUUAUUUGAGGGAGAAACUGAGGGUGUUAAUGCUGUAGGAAAUUUCCCUGUUGCUCCACAGUCUACAUCUGUGAGACCACCUGGUUUCACUUUGCAACAGCAGUCUCAACUGAAUUUUGUACCUAGACCAUCACAAGCUGCUCCACCACCAAGUGCCAAACCCUCUACUGAGGAUUUAAUCAAUGCAAUUGCUACAUAUACUCUUCAGUUUCAGCAAACUACCCAAGCUUCCAUCAAAAGUUUGGAGAAUAAGCUGAGACAAUUAGUAACAUCAUAUAACAGGUUGGAAGCUUAUCAGUCUAAUAAAUUGCCUUCACAACCUGAGAUGAAUCCCAAGGAGAAUGCUAGUGCAGUAACUUUGCGAAGCGGGAAGCAAUAUGAUCCACCUAGUCCUCCAAUGCCUAUUAAAUUUUCAUCCAAGCCACAAGUUGAUUGCUUGGUUGAUGAAGAUGUGCCUCCAAAGACAACCAACCCUACACAACGAACCCCUAAGCCUACUUUUGUCACCCCACCUCCUUUCCCAAGAAGAUUGAAGAAGACUAAAAAGGAAGAGGUUGACAAGGAAAUUCUUGAUACAUUCUGCAAGGUAGAAGUGAAUAUUCAUCUUCUUGAUGCUAUUAAACAAGUGUCGCGCUAUGCCAAGUUUUUGAAAGAGUUGUGCACUACUAAGCGUAAGUUGAGGGGUAAUGAAAAAGUUAGUGUGGGGAAGAAUGUUUCUGCAGUUCUUCAAAAGAAGCUUCCACCAAAGUGGAAGGAUCCUGGUACUCUUACUGUCCAUUGUACUAUUGGUAAUAAAAAAAUUGAGCGUUGUAUGUUGGAUUUGGGAGCCUCGAUAAAUGUCGUGCCAUUCUCCAUUUAUGCUUCAUUGAAUCUCGGUCCACUUGAAGAAACAAGGGUGAUUAUUCAACUUGCUGAUAUGUCGAAUGCUUAUCCCAGGGGUGUAAUAGAAGAUGUUUUAUUUCAUGUGAAUGAAUUGGUGUUCCCAGCUGAUUUUUAUGUUCUCGAUAUGGAAGAUGAAUCUAUUCCAUGUUCCCCUCCAAUUUUGUUGGGGAGACCAUUCAUGAAAACUACAAGAACUAAGAUUGAUGUGCAUGACGGUACAUUGACCAUGGAAUUUGAUGGAGAGACAAUUCGAUUUAAUUUUUUUGAGGCUAUGAGGUAUCAAAGUGAUGUACAUGUUGUUUACUCUCUUGAUGUGUUAGAUAUCCUUUCUCAACGAGUCUUAGAUUUUCAUAAUGAAGAUUGUUUGGAGGUUGCAUUGAGAGAGCAUCUUAUGUUGACCGAUGAAGAUUUUUCUCAUGAGAUCAUGGAUGUCAUAACCACACUCAAUAGUGGUUUUGAUAAGACUUUUAAGAAGGUUGCAUUUAUGGAUUUACCGAUUUCUAAUGAAAAAUUGCAGCCAUCAAUUGUUCAAGAUCCUACACUUGAAUUGAAGCCACUUCCGGAGCAUCUCAGAUAUGUUUACUUGGGGAAGAACGAGACACUUCCAGUUAUAAUUGCAAGAAAUCUUAACCAAGUUCAAGAAGAAAAAUUAUUAAGAGUACUUUAA